AUGACCGAGCGACACAAAGCCAGUGAAUUUAUCAAGCUCCACCAGGCCCUGACCAAGCUGCAGCAAGACAUUUGGGUCAUGGAGUCUGCAUUGUUCAUCCAGGUCGGUGUCCUCGUCUUCAACCACUAUCGCCUCACUAAGCUCCCUCAGAGUGAGGGGACGAGUGGCGAAACUGAGCCAUAG